CUCGCAGUCGGUGUCGAUGGACGCCGAAGAGUCGAUGAUCAACAAAUUGAAACAGGCGUGCGGUUACGAGUUUACGUCCAAAUUGCACAGAAUGUUCACCGAUAUUAAAGUGAGCGACGAUUUGAACAACAAUUUCAACGACUAUUUGCGUCAAAACGUAGUGGAAUUGGGCAUCAAUUUCAACAUCUAUGUGCUUCAAGCGGGCGCGUGGCCUCUCAACCAGUCGGCGCUCUCGCCCUUUGCGAUCCCGCAGUCGCUCGAGAAGAGUGUGUCGGCGUUCGAGACGUUUUACGCGUCCAAAUUCAACGGCCGCAAACUGACCUGGCUGCAUCACCUCUGCCAGACUGAGCUCAAGUUCGGGUUCACGCGUCGCAACUACACUGUAGUGAUGGGCACCUAUCAUAUGGCCAUUCUCUUGCUCUUCGAGUCAUCCGAUUCUCUCCAUUACUGGGAAUUACAGGAAAAUACGAAACUAACGGACGAACAAUUGAGUAGACAUUUACAGUCUUUAGUCGACCAUAAAAUACUGUUAACCGACGGCAGCGCGAAGUCCAAUGAGUCGGCCGACGAAGAAUCCAAUACUCAGUCGUCGAGCGCGUCGACGGCAUCCCAAUUGACGCCCCAUUCGGUCGAUACGGUCUACUCAUUGAAUCUUAAUUAUAGUAAUAAACGCAUUAAAUUCAAGAUAACAGCCGUUCAACAGAAAGAAGUACAACAAGUUUUGCAACAAGAAGUGGAACAAACGCACGCAUCGGUCGAUGAGGACCGCAAACUCUAUCUUCAGGCGGCGAUCGUUAGGAUAAUGAAAGACAGAAAAGUCUUAAAACACAACCAACUGAUAGAACAAGUGAUAAAUCAGUCAAAGAAUCGGUUCACGCCAUCCGUUCAGAUGAUCAAAAAAUGCAUCGAAGCUCUGAUGGAAAAGCAGUAUUUGGAGAGAAAUACCAGUAAUACAGACGAGUAUUCAUACAUUGCAUGAGUUUCCCCAUAGACUAACC